AAAAAAAACAACAAAAAAAACUACAAAAAAAAAAAAACUUGGGUUUUGGGACACACCGAGUCUUCCAGGCACAGAGCGGGGCUUGUGCCCCCAGUUUGGGGGUGCCAGGGUUGGUGGUGGCCCUGGGGACACCGAUGGCUUUUAGGGCCGGAACGCUCCGGGCCAGCCUUGGCGCUGGAGGAGGGGGCAUUCCCAGAUUUCCGCCCCUCACCGCGGUGUCCCCGGUGCCACCCGCUCGUCCCCUGCGCUGGGGGUGGCCAGGGCGUGCCCGGCUGGCCGGGAGGGGAGGGCUCGGUGGUCCCAAAAAGCCGAGGCCCCCAGGAAGGCAUUAAAAACUCUUCUGGUGCUAAGAGGGGAGGACACGGAGCUUCCUCCUGACCCUCGCCCGUCUCCGAACCUUUCCAAUCUUCGCCAGGGAAAAGGGCCCGGGGAUCCUCCAGGACAUCGGGAUGGCCCCGGGAUGUUCCCGGGAACAUCCCCUGCCCUGUGUCGGGGCACCGGGAUGUUCCCGGGAUGUCCCUGGGAUGUCCCCUGCCCUGUGCCGGGGCACCGGGAUGGCACCGGGAUGUCCCCGGGAUGUCCCUGGGGUGUCCCCUGCCCUGUGCCGGGGCACCGGGAUGUCCCCGGGAUGUCCCUGGGGUGUCCCCUGCCCUGUGCCGGGGCACCGGGAUGUCCCCAGGAGGGUCCCCGGUGCCACCUCCUUGUCCCUGAGCCCUCGCCCACGUGGCGACACCCGGAGUUCUCCGGAAGCCGCCAGGGGUCUGUGGCCUGUCCCCGUCCCCGGCUGCCAUCCCGCUGUUCCAACCGGGAAUGGGGCAGGGCCUGGAGCCGGCCCGGUGGGCAACCAGCCGGGAAAACCAAUCCCGGGAAAAAACUCCCGGGCUCGGGGAGCCCAGACACCUCCCGACCCCUCACCUGCAGCAGCACCGCGGGUGCCACCGCACCCGCCGGGUGUCCCCAGCCCCAGGGACCCGGAGCGGGAAUGCCGAGCUCAGGUCCUGCCCCUCGGCCGUGUCCCCGCAGCCCCCACAACGUCCCCAAAGUCCCCCCCGGCCAAGGCAGCGCCUCUGUCCCCAGAUCCGCCCUGCCAGCCCCGCUGUGCCACCAGCGGUCACCCCGCAAACCCUCUGUGCCAGUCCCUGCCCUCACCCCGGCCACCUUCCCACCACCCACCCUGAGCCAUCGGCCCCAAACCCAUCCCACCUGUGCCCCCAAAUCCAGCCCCACCCUGAGCCAUCACCCCCAAAUCCGUCCCACCUGUGCCCCCAAAUCCAGCCCCACCCUGAGCCAUCGGCCCCAAAUCCAUCCCACCUGUGCCCCCAAAUCCAGCCCCACCCUGAGCCAUCGGCCCCAAACCCGUCCCACCUGUGCCCCCAAAUCCAUCCCACCUGCACCCCCCAAAUCCAAACCCACCUUGUGCCAUCUCCCCCAAAUCCAGCCCCACUCUGUGCCCUCCCACCUGCACCCUCAAAUCCAUCCCCACCUUGUUCCAUCCCACCUGUGCCCCCCAAAUCCAUCCCACCUGCAUCCCUAAAUCCAUCUCACCUUGUGCCAUCCUCCCCAAAUCCAUCCCACCUGCCCCCCCAAACCCACCCCGAACCCCUCUCGUGGCCGGUGCCACCCUGUCCCUGUGCCCCCCCUGUGUCCGGCAUUCCCAGGACACUCCGGGCACAGGGACAGGCUGGCACACCCCAUCCCAGACCCCGUCCCAGACAAUCCUGUGCCACCCUCCUGUGCCUCCCCUGCCACCUCCGCUCCGUGUCCCCUCUGUCCCCGUCCCUCCGCCACCUCCCGCCCGCUCCUCACGCCCUCAUCCCGGCGCUGUCCCGAAUCCCGCAUGGAUCCGGAGCCCGCUGCCCAUCCCGGCAUCCCGGGCCGCUUCCAGCCGCUCUGCAUCCCCGCGGGAAUGUCGCAUGUCGGAAUGUCGCAUGUCGGCCACGCGCGGCCCGGUGACAUCGCACGGGCUCCUUCCCAAGCUGUGGGAUUGAGGAAUUCCUGGGAAUUCCUUUGGCUGUCGGUUCCCGAGGCUGCUCCCAUGGGGGAUCCUCGCGCCCGUGGCUGUUCUGGCCGUGCCACCCCACGCCUGGCUGUCCCCGCCUUGGGGACACGGGGGUCCCCUCGGAGCCCCCGCGCGAGCGCUCGGCUUGGCCAAGGCCCUGCACGGCCACCGCUGGUCCCGGCUGUGCCACCCUCGUCCCCUUGGUGCUGCCCCUCGGCACGUCCUGGCACUGCCCACCCUGCCUGACCACUCCUGACCACCCUUGACCACUCUGCCAACCCCUGCCUGGCACUGCCCACCCUGCCCGGCCACCCCUGACCAUCCUGCUCACACCUGCCUGGCACUGCCCACCCUGCCUGACCACUCCUGGCCACCCUUGACCACUCUGUCAGCCCCUGCCUGGCACUGCCCACCCUGCCUGACCACCCCUGCCUGCCCUCCCUGCCUGUCCCUACCCACCCUGCCUGGCACUGCCCACCCUGCCUGACCACCCCUGACCACUCUGCCCGCCCCUGCCUGGCACUGACCACCCUGCCUGGCACUGACCACCCUGCCUGACCACCCCCGCCUGGCACUGCCUGGCCACCCCUCCCUGCCCUGCCUGUCCUUCCCUGUCCCUCCCUGUCCCCCCUGUCCCUGCACCUC